AGACGAACCCCAAGUGGGUUUAAAUGGGAGAAACAGAACAGGUACAUGGGAGAAACAGAAAACUUGAGAAAACGUGAUUCUUUGUUGUCUGUAAUGUACUCCUCCUAUAGAGUACCGUUAACGUGUGUUUGUCCGUUCAUUCAUUUACUUUAUAUACCAAAACAGAUAUUAAGAACAUACCAAAUUUAGAAAUUGAAUCCAAAAAUAUACUCACCUUUUUCUGUAUUCAUUCACUCCACUAGUAGUAGUAUAUAUAAAUCCCCACCCUUCUCUCUUUUCAUUCCACUUUUAUAAUUGUCACUUGCUACUAGUAUUUGCUUAGCUAGUAGUAGCUACUUCCCAUAACUAUAAUAAUAUUUUAUUUAUUUUUUUAUUUUUUGUAACAACCUUAGCCCAAAUUUUAAUUCUUUCUUUCAUUUCUUUCCUUCAAAAAAAAUUCUGUAACCGUCACUUUGGUGGUUGCGCGCGAUGAGAAGCAUGGCAAGCUCACGUGGCAAUAUUGCCGCCAUAGUUGGCGUGGGUCCGAAUCUUGGCCUCUCCAUCGCUCGUAAAUUCGCUCACGAAGGCUACACCGUCGCUAUCCUCGCUCGUGACUUAGGGAGGUUAUCAAAAUUUGCGGAUGAAAUAGCGAGGGAAGAAAAAGCACAAGUGUUUGCAAUAAGAAUCGAUUGUUCAGAUUCAAGAAGUGUGAGAGAAGCUUUUGAAGGAGUACUUUCACUUGGAUUUGUUGAAGUUCUUGUUUACAAUGCUAAUUAUCAAUCACCUCUUCAAACUAAACCUACUCCUUUUCAAAAUCUUCCAAUUCAAACUUUUCAAACUUCUCUCGCCGUUUCGUCUCUCGGUGCUUUCAAUUGUGCUCAACAGGUUUUGCCGGGAAUGGUUGAAAGAGGAAAAGGAACAAUUCUAUUCACUGGUUGCUCUGCUUCUUUAUCCGGCAUUGCCGGAUACUCCGAACUAUGUUGUGGAAAAUUUGCUUUGAGAGCACUGUCUCAAUGCCUUGCUAAAGAAUUUCACCCUCAGGGAGUGCAUGUAGCCCAUAUUAUUAUUGAUGGUCUUAUUGGUCCACCAAGAGGAUCAACUGCAGCAACGUCGACGCAGGGAAGAGGAGGUAGUGGUGAGGGUGUUAUGGACCCGGAUGCAUUGGCCCAAACAUAUUGGCAUCUGCAUGUUCAGGACCAGAAUGCAUGGACCCAGGAAAUGGAUGUUCGUUCAUCAAUCUUCUAGUAGCUAGAUUCUUCUACUAGCUUGCAACAACAACAACUUUGUCUAAUCUUCCCCCACCAAUCCGUAGUCUAUGUCGUUCCAUUAUUUUCAUGUCUCUCUUUUGCCACCAAUCAUGUCAUUGCUGAUGUCAGAACAUGCAUCUAGAAUUAAUUAAUCAUGUUUCUUGCCCGGUCUUCAAUAGUAGUCCUACUACGGUAGGAUUUGGAUUGUAUGCAGUUAGAGAAGAUAUGACCGUCUGACCGUCUAGAUACAGUUUGAUUUAAUCUUCUUUAUAGUUGGACUGUUCAAUCUUAAUCAGACGGACAAUCUUCUCUGAUUGUACAUGACUACAUGCAGUUUUGACUGCAUGCAAUCCAAAUCCACUACGGUACUAAUACGAGAGAAAAUCGAAUCAACAAAAAUUGAUAUGGUGAAUUUAAUACAUCAAUUUUUGCUGAUCCACUUUUAUAUUACGAAAUAUAUUUAAAACUGAAGAGAUUAUGAUAUGCUUUUGGGACUUUGCAGUGUGUUAUAUUUGUGAUUUUGUGUGUAUAAAGAUUAAUUAAUUACACGGUACUAUUAUUGUUUACUCAAGUUACUUGUAUUAUUUGUAUUGUGAUUGGUACAUAAAGAAGUGAAACAAAUGAUCCAUUUUGCCAUUUA